AAUUUUAAGAUUAUAAUUUAAAAACAAAAAAAAAAAACAAAACUUAAGCAAAACGAAUGGGUAGAUAUGGAUGACGAAGGAUGGCUCACACAAUCUAGAGGAGCAAGUAUGAGUUUCCCGGCAACAAUCCCAGCAGCAUUCUGCCCCACCGCCACCGCAACCGACCACCGCCACCGUCUCCUCCACAUCUUGUCACAAUGCACCACCAUGUCUGAACUGAAACAAGUACACGCCUACGCUCUCCGCACCACGGCGGAGCCCCAACACCCAGACACCGUCUUCCUCUACACUCGCCUCUUCAACUUAGCCUCCUCUUUAGGCGACCUCAACUACACCUUCCGCCUCUUCAACCAGAUUCGACACCCCGGCUCCUUCAUCUGGAACACCCUUAUCCACGCUUCCGCCCGUAGUCACGACCGCAAAGACAAAGCCUUCUUGAUUUUCAGGCAGAUGUUAGCCACCGCAAAUGUUCCCCCUGAUAAGCACUCUUUCCCGUUCGUGCUCAAGGCCUGCUCCUACUUGUUUGCUUUCUUUGAAGGCCAACAAGCUCACGCGCAAGCUUUGAAACAUGGGUUGGGCUCCGAUGUAUAUGUGAGCAAUAGUUUAAUCCAUUUUUAUUCUUCGUGCGGUUACUUAGAGGAUGCGCGAAGGGUGUUUGAUGAAAUGACUGAGAGAAGUUUGGUUUCGUGGAAUGUCAUGAUUGAUGCGCUGGUGGAGUUUGGCAACUUUGAGGAAGCGUUGGGAAUGUUUAGGAAGGUGCAGAUAGAGUUUGAGCCGGAUGGGUUUACAAUGCAGAGUGUGUUAGGUGCUUGCUCAGGGUUGGGGUCUUUGUAUUUAGGGAUAUGGGCUCAUGCAUAUAUUGUGAGAAACUACAAAGCUGAUGUGAACACUAAUGUUCUUCUAAACAAUUGUUUGGUUAAUAUGUAUUGCAAGUGUGGGUCAUUAAGAAUGGCUGUUCAAGUAUUUGAUAGGAUGAGUAAACACGAUUUGCAUUCUUGGAAUUCGAUGAUAUUAGGGUUUGCAAUGUAUGGGGAAGUUGAUGAGGCCCUGGAGUGCUUCAGCAAAAUGGUGAGUGGUGGGAUAAUGCCCAAUUCCAUCACAUUUGUUGGUGUGUUGAGUGCCUGUAACCACAGAGGUUUGGUCAGCCAAGGUCGUAAAUAUUUCGAUAGGAUGGUCGAUGAGUUCAAGAUCGCACCUGUUUUGGAGCACUAUGGUUGCCUCGUUGAUCUCCUAGCUCGCAAGGGAUGCAUCGAUGAAGCCCUCGAUGUUGUGUCGAACAUGCCAAUGCAACCCGAUGCUGUAAUUUGGAGGAGCCUGCUGGAUGGUUGUUGCAAGAAAAAUUUGGACAUAAGACUGAGUGAAGAAGUAGCCAAGAAAGUUAUGGACUCCAAUGACAGUGUUUCCAGUGGUGUGUAUGUUCUCUUGUCGAGAGUAUAUGCAGCAGCUAAGAAGUGGAAUGAGGUUGGGUUGAUUAGGCAACUUAUGGCUGAUAAGGGCGUUUCAAAAGAACCGGGAUGCAGUCAAAUUGAAAUAGAUGGUGUUUCCCAUGAGUUUUUUGCUGGAGAUACCUCACAUCCUGUGAGGAAUGAAAUUUACGAAUUUUUGGAUGUUAUCGAAGAGAAACUGAAGUCUGUAGGGUAUGCUCCCGACUUUUCACAAGCACCUCUGGUUGAUGAAUUUGAUGGUGGAAAGGAUAACUCACUCAGACUGCAUAGCGAGAGAUUAGCUGUAGCAUAUGGACUGUUGAACUCAAAACCAGGUAUGCCCAUUCGUGUAUUUAAAAAUUUGCGCAUCUGCAACGAUUGCCAUAAUGUCAUCAAAGUAAUAUCCAGAAUCUUCGAUGUGGAAAUUAUUAUUCGAGAUCGUAUCAGAUUCCAUCAUUUUAGAGAUGGCUCCUGUUCUUGCAUGGAUUAUUGGUGAAUUAGGUUGCAGCUUGUAUCAAUCAAAAUUGUAAAUAGAUUCUGUAUACAUUUUUAGGCAAGAUUAUGCGCUCUACUCAUUUUGUUUGCUAACAUUAGUGCCAUAAGAUUUUUGUCUACA